CCGAACGUUCAAAAUGACAGCUAAAGACAGAAGGCUCGUGUGGACGGAAACGAGCCAAUCGAAAUUGGAAGGUCCACUCAUCGUUUGGAUCUUGGUCAAGCCCUGCGGCGCCGCGAAACAGCUGGACAGUCGGGAAAAGCGGAAGAGUCGUCGGGGCAGAGCAGCGGAAAGGAAGCCAGGCAGGAGGGGCAGGCGAUCGAAGAGGGCCGGGUUACCGUCGGCCGCGCGGCAGCGCAGCUAGCCUCGGCGAGAUGUCGUUGGGGUCGGCGAUUGUGCAGCGGCGCUCGCUUGCCCGUGUUAGUGCACGUCCGUGCCUCGGGGUGAUGUAGAAGGCGCGCGCGAGGUUCAGUGCGGCAGCAGCGAUGCGAUGGCGCAGGUGCGGCGCUCUGGCGCUGUCCGCCUGCUGCCUGCCUGUCGCGCUGCUGCGGCUGCUGCUGCUCGCUGGCGGCUCCACGACCAGCCGCCAGCGCCGCUCCGACGCCGCCGAGCCCGUCUACUCGGUCGCCGGCGAGGAGGCGCCCGGCGCUCCGCGCGGCCACUUGUACUUCGCCGGCGCUUACAUGGCCGAGACAUCGCCCGGCAACGUGUCUCACUGCAGGUGGCAGUACGACCUACCGACAAAGUUGGCCUAUCUCGAGCAGGAAUUAAUUGGCAGUCCGGAGUCGCCGGCAGGCCGACCCUACCGCGUAUUGCCGUUCGUUGUUCGGGGCCUGAGUCAAGCACCUUUGGCACAGCUGACCCUCUGCACACACGCAACGGCCGAUCAGGUGUACAAUGUCGUCGAGCUCGCUAGGCGAUGGGAAGGACCUGUCAGUCUUGCCGUUUUCGUGCCUGCCAGAGAUGCCGGGAUUGCUGUCAGGAUGCUCGAUCGGGCUUGUCGAUGUGAACCCGCCAUGAUCAAAGUCUCCGUCCACCUAAUCUUCCCUCGAGACAUGCCACCAGAGCUCACUCCUCCGCUGUCGAUAGUCCAUCAAUCAAGCAUUACCGCGGACUGCUCGGCCAGCGACCUCCAAGUCGACUCAGCCAACGUGACCGAACGUCGUCGCUGGAACGUCGCUUAUCCUAUCAACGUGGCUCGCAACGUCGCUCGAACUCUGGCGCCGACUCAGUGCAUCCUCGUCUCGGAUGUGGAACUAUUGCCGAGCGAGAAGCUCGCCUCGAGGUUUCUCGCGAUGCUUAAAGGUCGAUCGCCCAAGCGAGCGAUCGCCUUUGUUCUGCCUACCUUCGAAAUCGAGGCUGGCGAACCUUUGCCAAAGAACAAGAAGGAACUGCUGGUUGCGCUUAGAGCUGGUCUUGCAGUUUAUUUUCAUAGGUUCUCGUGUUCACACUGUCAGAGGUUUCCCGGAUUGACUCGCUGGAUUCUACGACCAGAUCCGGGAAGAGUGAGACCGCUGAUCAUCACGAGGAGGGAGUAUCCUCACCACAGGUGGGAGCCUAUUUUCAUCGGGACGAAACACGAUCCUCUUUACACGGAGGAAAUGUCCUGGGAGGGACGACAAGAUAAAAUGACUCAGAUGUUCGAAAUGUGCCUAAUGAAUUACCGUCUGAUAAUCCUGGACGGUGCUUUCCUGGUCCACACGCCGGGCAUCAAGCGUCGCUCUUUGGCGGACGAGGAGCAGCAACAGCAGCAGCAUUCAAUGGACGAGCGACAGCGCGCCUACGAGCGACAGAACGCGCGAAUUUAUCAACGAGUCACACGCCGACUGCUCAAGCAAUAUCCCGUCAAUCACCGCUGCAGGCCUUGAACGACGAUUUGACCCCGCCCACGUAGAUGUUUACUUGAUGGGAUUUGAAUAACGCUGACAAUACACGUGUACUAAAGGGGCGACGAGGUUUUUAAGACAAUUAAAUAAAAUACAAGUAGUCGUUGUAGGGCUUUAGAGUCUCCUGGUUGCGAUGCUGCUCAAGUUUUGAAUUUUCAAGAGUGAGUACAUCGAUAUGAUUUUUAAAGCGUGCGAGGCCAUGAUGGUGGUAGUUUCACGAUAACUUGACCGAUCAAUUGCCUUUCAGUCACGGUCAGUCAGAGUUUACAUUAUAAAAAUACUUGACAGAUCGAAACCAAGAGAUCCGAAUAAUAAUAAUUAGAAGAUGUAAGGAUAGCAAUAAUAACGUAACAGGCGUUCCUUGGAUUGAACCAUUGCAUAGCAUACGUUUGAUAUCAAAAGUAAUAACAUUAAACAUAGCUGCUGAGCCAGACGAAUUGUUUUUCAGACUCUGUCGUCAAUAGUAAUUUUGUACAAUUUACAACGUAGUAACAGGCAGUAGAUUUUAUCGAAAGAAUAAUAAUAAUAAUAAUCAUAAUAAUCAUAAUAAUAAUAACGAGAAUAGUUCCUUUGAGAAACAAAAUCUCUGUUAGCAGAGCAAGUCUAUCUUUCUUCUCCGUGAAAGGCAAAUUUUCGCUUGGCGAAUGAAAUUAUACAUUUUAACUUCUAUAUAUACAUCACUUUUUAACACGAGCACAUUUUAACUUACGCACGGAUAAGAAUUUUUUCGAUCAAGAUUUUUUGAAUCAAUAAAGUCCACUCUCGAGUCGUAAUAAUAGGUAUAGAAGAGCUUUACAACCGUUGAAUGACGGAGACUAAAGAAUAAAAUAAAAACGUUAGUUUUUAACGAGUUUUUUAUAGAACGACUUUUUAUAGAUACAUAGAACGCAACGCUUGAAUAGAAACAUAUUGAGAACGCGUAAAUACAACAAAAAAGGCGUUCGCUAAUUAGAGUUAAUGAAUUUGCAUAGACUGAAGCACUAAAUGCUCAUAUCAACGAUCGUAAUUAUGUAAGUAAGUACAAAUUGGACUUGUGUGUGGUUUUUUAGACAAAAAUUAAAAUAAGAAACGGAGGUGACUUUCAAUUUCAACGUCGUUUUUCGCGUAGAGUCGGUAAUUUUGCGAGCGAGACAACACACCAAAUGAGAAAACAAAGAAAAUCAGAACAACGACAACGAUAUAUCAUCGACAUUUGUAAUGUUUUGAAUAUCCCUUUUAUCGUCGAGCGUCAAUUGUAAUUUAGGAUUUUAAUGUACGCGACGAAGUAAUAGCUUUGCAAAGGUGCAUCGCUUGUUUUUAUGCGCUAGUUGCAAUUAUACAUAGUUUAUAAGUAUUGCAUUUGGAGAAAUAAAAUAUUUUAUCCCUUUUAACUUGCAUUUUUAUUUUACUCACCAAUAGACCACAUUUCAGUUAUCAAUAUUUUUCACGCAAACCUAUAUAGAUAUACCCUAGAAGAACAGUAGCUUGGCGAAAAACCUACUUUUCUAUUUAGAUAAUAAUACGGAGUUUUUGCUGUUCUUUUCGUGUCCCCGAAGGGCAUGCGGAGACGUGAAAAUGCUGCGUGCGCAAACAGGCCCCACCCUGCAAUGGUGGCGAGGGGAGGGGAGCCCAGAAAAUUGAGUCCCGUGUGGCGAGGCGGAUGGGCGCUUGGAGAGGGCGACAUGCUGGUCGACCAAGCUUGCUAGAGGUAAGUCGUUACGUGACCUUUCUGUUUCUUCGCUUUUAUUGUGCCGUGAUUACGCAUCGGUGUUGUGCCCUUUUGUAGCUCUCUUUAAGUUAAUCUCGCGUUUUAGAGUAAUUUAUCUUCCUCGUAAAGCAACGACGUUUUCGACAGUCGUUUUCGUACGACUUUGGCAAUUGACGAUUAACCAUCCUUACCUACCUACAUCGAUCACAACAACGUACUUUCAGUUACAGUUACAGUUCAGCAACUAUUACAGCAUUCUGAUUAUACCGUUGCAUGUUAAGCUAGGCAAGUUCAAGCGCCGAGCUUGCAAGCUCUACGCCCAGAUGUCGCUUUGCACGCAACGUUUCAACACACAAUCAUGUAGCAACAAAAAUAUCGUUUUCCUAUUCUAUAUAUGCAAGUUUAUUAAUAUCAAGAGGUUUGGAGAGUGACGGUGCAUUACCCAAUAGGAUUUUGUGACGCAGGAUAAAAGAACCUACGUCACUAGGUAUUAAUGUGUUGGAGGCCGGGGAUCUUUAUUUUUUGGGGAUUGUUGAAUAGAUUGCAUCAUCAUACGCUUCUGAUCCCUACGGGAUCAGGAUACUUUGAUGUGUUUAUCGAGUCCACGAACCAAGGGAACAGUCUGAUUGAUAUGCUUUACGUUUCGAACGCAUUUGACUCAUCUCUAUGAUCUGCGCGGCAUAGUUUAUUUUUCCCCGCUUUGAGCUUGAUGGACAAUAGGCAUGCUUUUGUGAAUAAUGAGUCGGUAUAUCUAAAAUACUCGGUUUGGCUACGCGAGUAUUGGAAAUAUUUGAUUUCUCGAAACUGCAAGUCGCAGUAAUAUCGUCUAGCAAUUUCCACUGGUAAACAAAAAUUGAACGACUUUCUAAAAUUCCAAAUAAAAUCUACGAAAUAAGGAAUCAGCGAAAUUUCGGAUGCCCUCAAUAUAUUGCAUGCGAUACUCCUUGGAUUGGGUGUGCAGCUAAAAUCACAUGCGCGUGAUACGAAAGGCCUAAUGCCGAAGUUCGAUGCAGCAAGAUAUCGCGCUUUGGCAAACAAGCAAACUCGUUAGGUCGUCAAGGCGAAAGCUUCGACGUGCUGUUUACGUAGAAAACUGCAGAUCGAGCUUAUUCAAACGAUGGAUACGAGAGAAUCGUAUAGACUUACGAGAACAUGCUUCGAAAAAAUUUCAACGCAUAUGUUCUUUCGUCUUUUAUUCAGGUUGUUAAGCAUUGGCUUCUUCUUAUCUUACGCACAUCGAUGAUACUAACGACGCUCGAGUGUCCGAAAGACAGACGGCCCCACAGGAAGGCCAAUUAGUUUCGGUAUAUCGUAUUUCUAUCCAGGCGCAAUACAUUGAUAUCCUAUCGCACGGAUUGGACUCUCUUCCAAAGUUUUUCGACGCCUAACUGUGAACUACGUUGACCUCGUGUGUGAAUGGACGCUAGCAUUGCUGUGGGUACUUUUAUGAAUAAUCUCCAAUUAUAGUAGAUCUUUAGAAAGAAAACUUCUUCUUUUGAACAUUUUUUUUGUAAAUAUAACUCAAUUUCUAUUGUACUCGAAUGAAAAAGACGCGAUGAAAAAGAAACACGUCAUUUUCAAUAGUCCAACAUCGAAGCAGGUAUUAUUACAUUUUUUUUCACAAGUAUGACACCCCACUAAGGAAAAUGGAGGCCGUACGAAAUUUAAUAUUUAUUAAUAAUUGUGAAAAAUGUACUAUCAGAAUAAAACCCAACUGUGUCCUUUUAAUAAAAAUUUAUCCCUAAUAAAACUGCAUUACCAAAGGUCCUUUCGGGAUGGUACAGUUUUUUUCUUUCGUGUAUUCAAAAUGGUUUUUUCAUAUAUGAAACUUUACUAAUAUUUACUUGCCGUCAUUAUGUAUUAUCUGCUUAUAGUCGAGAAAGCAAUUGCUCUGUUUUCACCAUUGCGAACUGCACGGAUAUUUGACGAGGCGUGUAUAUUUCGACCUGAUGUUCACUCGCUGAAAUAUUGAUCGCGCUACAGCGGAUGAGACUAUCUACUUGCGUAAAGCAUAUGUCGAAUGACUGAAUACUUCCUCGUGUACUCCUCUAUUCCAUUCUUUAUUUUUCGUUCAAUAUCAUACUGAUGCACGCUUAUUCUUCGUUUAAUUGAAACUUGUUGGCUUUGUCGUAUCGUUCAAUAUUAUUCCAUCGGGAAAUUGCAUUGGCUCUCUUCGCGAGAGGUGAGAUAUCGAAGAGCUUUACAAGCGACCGGGAAAGAAAUAAUAAUUAUUUCCAGUAGUUUUUAAAAAUUACUUGUAGACAUUGGAAAAAAUAUGGGGAAUUAGGUUGCAAUAAUUUCGAAAUAUCAACAACAGAUGUACAUACGCCAAUGUUUGUUGAACAUAUGGCGCCUAGCAAAUGGAAGUUUGAAGAUAUUUUUCGAUUUUAUUAAAAAUUAGUUUUUUUUUCGACUGAUACAAGUUGAUGUUUAUAUUGAUAAUGGAAUGAUAAGAGUUCCUUGAUUGGACUAAUGUUUUUAACUGAAAUUUACGACUGUUAUUUAUAUCCAGUAACGUUACUUCUAAUUAGAAAAAAAAACUGAUGCUCACCUUGUACAUUAUUUUUCAAUUAAUAAUUAGUUUUUCAUUAAAAAAUAACGAAAGUAAUUUAUAUUUUCAACGAUUAUUUUGUUCAAUAAAAUGUAUACAAUUUCAACAAAUUCACGAAUUCAAGUUUGAUGAAAUAUGUGAUCAAAUGCGUCAUAGAAAAAUACUACGGCACUUUUCGCCAAUCUCAAGAGUCAACCUGCUUCGUCACAGCCACUAGUGAGAAAAAAUAAAUCUUUUAUCAAGGCAUAGCGUCGUAGCUCAAUUAACUUCGAGUUUUCUAAAAAGCUGAGUUGCCCCUCAUAAUGUUACACCACCCUCCAAAUAGCCUCGAUUUCCAUUGCACCGUUAGCCUUCCACAAGCUCGAGUGGCACUAUCCGACAACUGCUUCAAUUCCAUUAUCGAGCACCCUCACCGAGCAAACAACAAGAGAGAAAGAAAGAACUAGCAGCUGGCCUUGGAAAUGACGUGAAAAAAGAGGCAACUUGUUGCUCAAUUCAGCGCGCCACAGGAGAGAUAUAAUAAGAUGCUGGCGCGACGGCUUCUCGUCUUGAUUUGUCGCGAGUGAUUUCUGCCUCACCGCGGUCUUGUUAUAACGCGACAAAACAAUUUUCCCUACAGAGUUCGUUAAGGGACUGCGCGCUUACAUACGCGGAAAUUCGUUCUAAUUUCGUGCUAGUUUUUUUUCCCUUUCUUUACAAGUAAAUAUCAUCUCUGCUGAUUGAAUUAUUCGGUUAUUCUCGUUCUUUCGCCUUGGUCACCAAAUUGUUGCGGCAAAAUCAUAACAAGGAUCUGUGUAGUGCGCAGCUUGAGUUGUAUUAUAUUGGGAUACUCGUGUACCUACAUGCGACUUUAACAGUGGGCACAUGGGCUUAUACCGUUUGAUUCUGUUAUAGCUUAAUUUCGUGCACUUGUUUAUCGCAAAAUCGUAAUAUAAUUUCAGCAAUGUUGCCGCAACAAAUAACUUUUACUUGCGAGCCAUUUGAUCAUACGUUUUCACAAGCCUGGGCAUUACAAAUCUAAAUAUUAAUAAUACAAAUUUAUUCGUCCAUUAAAAGAUCAAAAAGCGAAAAGAAAGCGUAUACGAAUAUACUUGUCAUCAAUACGCACAUCACAAGGCGUUUGAGUUUUCAUUUUGCUCUCCAUUUGGCUUUGACACAACUUUUUUCUCUGUAUAUACUUCCAAUCACGCCAAUGUCAGUCUGAAAAGCUAUAAAUCUCCUCAUGAAUUUUUCACUCUGACGUUAAAAUGAAAAUAGGAAAAAAGAAAGUUCGAUAAAGAUCCCUUGAUGAUGUCUGACAGUUCGUGGACCGUAACUACUGAAAAAACACCCGAAAUUAUUAAGAGAAUGAUGUUAGAUUUCAGACGUUCGGGUUGGGUUGAGUAUUUUUUGUUCUUUCCUCGGCAGUUAUAUACUAAUAUACUGAUAUAUAUAUAUAUAUAUAUAUAUACGUUAUCGUAUUAUUUUUUUUUGCCUUUAUAACAAAUAUCAAAGUUGAAAGCGCACAUUUUUGAGGCUUAAAUCUGUUUUUCUGCAAAUUAACUGUAAUGACGAUCCAAUUGUUUUUGAAGACUUUAAUUAGAACAUAAACUGUGCUACGACAUUUUUACAUUAUUACGUAAUAGUUUUUUACGUUAAUUAUUCUUACGUCGGUGAAAAGAUUGUUCUUAGAAUUCUUUGAAAGCCGAUGAAAGAGCACGACAUCGUACACUUUAGUGGAUAAUAAUAAAUAUACUGUUUAAAUAAUAUCUGUCAAUAUAACUAAAAAUUUAUUCGUAAUUUAUUGCGAAUCCACUUCUGUAUCUCGUAAAAGAGAAAGUAAUUAUACCGUGUAUCGUUGUAACAAAACUUAAGCCUAUUCAGUCCGUACCAACGUUCGAGCGAACCGUCGUGAUAUAAUGAUUUAAGUUAGAAAGAGGAAAGAACGGCAAGAGAAGUAAAAUUUCUUGAAGGUGUUACGUACAAUGUGAAGUUUCUGGCGGCGUACUGUUCACUCGGUCAAAACCGACACGUUCUCAGAUAUACUCUUUGCCGGAGAGAA